AACGGAAGGGAAACCCAGGGAAGUGUGCCCCAGCAGGCAGGUGUGGGAAGUGUGUGGUGGAGUAAACAAGAAAAGCAAAACGCAAGAAUCAUCCAGCAGCAAAACACAUCAACCAACCCAGAGUCAGAGCCAGAGCCGAAGUAGUAUUGCGUGCAGAGAGAAGUGGAAUCGAUCGACAUCUAAUAGUGAAGCACAUGGAUAUGGUGCAGUAGUGGUUGGAGUGAGAAGAAAUUCAGAAAAUAGAAUAGUUUUGAGUGAGUUCACCACCGCCGCCGGAAUCGCAAUCGCAGCUCGGUCCCAUCAUCGACGCGACGCGACUGCAGGCAGAGGUUGAGAAAAAUCGAUAAUCUUUCUCCGGUGUGUGACGAGUACGACAAAGGUUCACGCCGAAAGCUCGGCGGAAUUGUUCAUGUGAAAGUAGUGAGACACAAAGAGUGAAGUUCGAGAAAUCUAUAUUCACCUACUAUUGUUAUAAAGAAUUCGAAUAAAUCAUUCGUGUGAAGUUCAGGUGAAGAGAAAACAGAAGAAAAAAAAACAAAAACAACGAUGGCCUUGGAGGAGAACCAGAAUGGGACGGUGGUCCAGCCGCAGCAGCAGCAGAAGGAUGGAGGUGCUCAGAAGCAGCCGCAGCUGCAGCCUUCCACGUCCAGCGAGAAGCUGAAUGCGGCGCUGGCCAAUGGGACCAACGAGAAAACACGCAACAACAACAAACAGAACGACACAAACACAGCUUUCCUCAGGGCAGCCCGGGCUGGAGAUCUACAGAAACUGAUAGAGUACCUCGAGACCGGACAGGUCACAGACAUAAACACAUGCAAUGCGAACGGUCUAAACGCCCUGCACCUCGCCGCCAAGGAUGGCCACUUCGAAAUCGUUCAGGAACUGCUCAAACGGGGCGCCAACGUAGACAACGCAACCAAAAAGGGCAACACAGCGCUUCACAUAGCGUCGCUAGCGGGCCAGAAGGAAAUCAUCCAACUGCUGCUCCAGUACAACGCCUCGGUCAACGUGCAAUCGCAGAAUGGCUUCACACCGCUGUACAUGGCCGCCCAGGAGAACCACGACGAAUGUGUCAACCUGCUGCUGGCAAAGGGAGCGAAUCCGGCCCUGGCUACGGAGGACGGAUUCACACCUCUGGCCGUAGCAAUGCAGCAAGGUCACGAUAAAGUCGUGGCGGUUUUGCUCGAGAGCGAUACCAGGGGAAAGGUGCGGUUACCGGCUCUCCACAUAGCGGCCAAGAAGGACGACGUCAAAGCGGCGACACUGCUGCUCGAGAACGAACACAAUCCGGACGUGUCGUCCAAGAGCGGCUUCACGCCACUGCACAUAGCCGCCCACUAUGGGAAUGUCAAUGUCGCCCAGCUGUUGAUCGAGAAGGGUGCCGACGUCAAUUUCACCGCCAAGCACAACAUCACCCCCCUCCAUGUGGCGUGCAAGUGGGGCAAGCUAAACAUGGUGUCGAUGCUGAUCAAGAACUCGGCCCGGAUCGACAGCGUUACGCGGGAUGGGCUCACGCCGUUGCACUGUGCCGCUCGGUCCGGGCACGACCAGGUCAUCGAUCUACUUCUAGAGCACAACGCCGACAUCAUUGCCAAGACCAAGAAUGGCCUCGCGCCGCUGCACAUGGCCGCCCAAGGUGAACACGUGAGCGCCGCCAAAAUCCUUCUGGUCAACAAAUCUCCUGUAGACGACAUCACCAUAGACUACCUGACGGCGCUUCAUGUGGCCGCGCACUGUGGCCACGUCAAAGUGGCCAAACUCCUGCUCGAUCGGAACGCCGACCCGAACGCCCGAGCCCUUAACGGCUUUACCCCGUUGCACAUUGCGUGCAAAAAGAACCGCAUAAAAGUCGUAGAAUUACUGCUAAAACACGGUGCUACCAUCAGUGCUACGACGGAGAGUGGCCUGACGCCGCUGCAUGUGGCCAGCUUUAUGGGCUGCAUGAACAUUGUGAUCUACCUGUUGCAACACGACGCUAGUCCCGAUAUACCGACGGUGCGAGGGGAAACCCCAUUGCAUUUGGCCGCCCGGGCCAAGCAAGCGGAUAUCAUCCGGAUUUUGCUGCGGAAUGGUGCUUAUGUGAAUGCCCAGGCACGGGAGGACCAGACGCCACUGCACGUUGCUUCGAGAAUCGGCAACGUGGACAUCGUGAUGCUGCUCCUUCAGCAUGGUGCCAAAAUCGACGCGACCACCAAGGACAAUUACACCCCGUUGCACAUCGCUGCCAAAGAGGGCCAGGAUGACGUGGCCGCCGUCCUGCUGGACAACAAAGCCAACAUGGAAGCCGUCACCAAGAAGGGUUUCACCCCGCUGCAUCUGGCGGCCAAAUACGGCAACCUGGAAUGCGCCCGGCUACUGCUGGAACGAGGUGCCCAGGUCGACGUCCAAGGCAAGAACGGGGUCACUCCACUGCAUGUUGCUAGUCAUUACGAUCACCAGAAGGUGGCACUGCUGCUGCUGGAAAAAGGAGCAUCUCCCUAUUCUCCGGCCAAGAACGGCCACACCCCGCUGCACAUCGCCUCGAAGAAGAACCAAAUGGACAUUGCCAAUACUCUGCUCGAGUACAAGGCGGACGCCAAUGCCGAAAGCAAGACCGGGUUCGCACCGUUGCAUCUCAGUGCUCAGGAAGGUCAUCGGGACAUGUCCCGGCUAUUGCUGGAUAACGGCGCCGAUCCGAAUCACGCCGCCAGGAAUGGUCUUACUCCGUUGCAUCUGUGCGCUCAGGAAGACCAUACAGAUAUCGCCAAGGUCCUGCUGGACCACGGUGCCAACGUGGAACCGGCCACCAAAACCGGAUUCACGCCACUGCACGUAGGUGCCCACUUCGGUCAGAUCAACAUCGUCAAGUUCCUGCUAGAGAACGACGCCGAUAUCGAAAAGAAGAACAACAUCGGUUACACGCCGUUGCAUCAGGCAGCCCAGCAGGGACACACCCUGAUCAUCAAUUUGCUGCUGAAGAACAAAGCCAACCCGGAAGCGGUGACCAACAACGGUCAGACGGCACUGUCGAUUGCCGAUAAGUUGGGAUACAUCACCGUGGUGGAAACGUUGAAGGUCGUCACGGAAACGAGCGUAACCCAAACGGUGGACGAGAAGUUCAAAAUUGUCGCCCCGGAAACGAUCCACGAGACGUUCAUGUCGGACUCGGAAGAUGAAGGCGGAACAGACGACACCAACCUCCCGACGAUGACGACCACCGAAACGAACCUCCUGAGCCAAGCGCAGCAGUCGUGCAGCAGUAGUGGUGUUAUCAAGUACUAUCAGUCGCAGAUGCGUUACACACGCGAAGAUCCGAUCAUGUCUGAUCAGCAGCAGUACAACUACAUGACGAGCGACGAGAACAAACCGUUCGACGACACCAACAUCACCAAUAUGAGUAUCGACCCGAUGAAGGACGAGAAAUACCUGGAGAAGAUCAUUUCCAGUGCGGAAAAGUACCACCCCUCGAUGACACCGCGCGAGAGCACUCCGAACCCGCUGGACAUUACCGUGACCGAUAAUGUCAACAUCACACGCAAGCCGAUCCAUGUCGGGAGUAACCCGCCGUUGUCGCUUGGUGGUCUAACGGAAUAUCGGGAAAAGAAAAACUUUGCUCCACUGUGUAGGGAAAGAUUCUUGGUUUCAUUCCUGGUGGAUGCCCGAGGUGGUGCCAUGCGCGGGUGCCGUCACAGCGGAGUCCGUGUCAUUGUUCCGCCACGAUCGGCUGCCCAACCGACGAGGAUCACCUGUCGGUACGUGAAACCACAGCGGAUCACCAACGCGCCACCACUCAUGGAAGGUGAAGCUCUGGUCAGUCGCAUCCUGGAGUUGGCUCCGGUUGGGGCCAAGUUUUUGGGCCCGGUAAUAAUUGAAGUUCCUCACUUUGCUUCGCUGCGCGAGAAAGAACGUGAAAUCAUUAUUCUGCGCUCGGAUAAUGGAGAGACCUGGAGGGAACAUACUUUGUAUGACAGUGAAGAAGCCAUUCACGAUGUGCUGAAUGACACCUUCAAGGGUGAUACCUUGAACUUCUUGGAAGAUUUGCACACCAACAGAAUAACCCGUAUUCUGACCAAUGACUUCCCGCACUAUUUCGCGAUCGUGUCACGAAUCCGGCAGGAGGUGCAUGCCAUCGGACCAGAAGGUGGCACCGUUUCGGCCACCGCUGUUCCACUGGUUCAGGCAAUCUUCCCGCAGAACGCUCUGACCAAGAAGAUCCGCGUGGGUCUUCAGGCUCAACCGAUCGAUAUGAACACUACGGCGAAUCUGCUGGGUCGAAGCGUUGCCGUAUCUCCGGUGGUAACGGUAGAACCCAGACGGCGCAAGUUCCACAAAGCGAUCACUUUGAGUAUGCCUGCACCGAAGGCCUACAAUUCCGGCAUGAUCAACCAGUACUCGGGCAAUGCGCCGACCUUAAGAUUACUCUGCUCUAUCACCGGCGGACAGAACAAAGCCGUCUGGGAGGACGUUACUGGGUCAACUCCGUUGACCUUUGUUAACGAUUGUGUUUCAUUCACAACGACGGUGUCGGCUCGCUUCUGGUUGAUGGACUGUCGGAACAUCAACGAGGCGACCAAGAUGGCCACCGACCUGUACUCGCAGAUGUCGCAUGUGCCAUUCAUGGUCAAGUUUGUCGUCUAUGCCAAACGAGUUGAUCAAAACGAAGCGAAGUUGAGCGUGUUCUGUAUGACCGAUGAUAAGGAAGAUAAGACCCUGGAGCAUCAAGAGCACUUUACGGAGAUCGCCAAGUCUCGUGAUGUGGAAGUUUGUGAAGGUCGUGUGGUUUAUCUGGAAUUCGCUGGCAACAUUAUCCCAGUUAUGAAGACCGGCGAACAGCUUUCAAUCCAGUUCAACGCGUUCAAAGAAAACCGGCUCACGUUCACUGUCAAGAUCAAGAACAACCUGGACGAACUGCUGGGUCGCAUUUCGUUCAUGAACGAACCCAAAGUGGCCAAGGGAGAACCAACUCCUACUCCGCUGUGCACCCUGAGCUUCACACUGCCUCCGGAAAAGUACGGUCUCGGUGGAGACGAGAUGGAAACCGGCUCCGAGUUCGACCAGAGCUCCACGGAAAUUCUCAACUUUGACCAGCAAGCAAUCGUCAACGCUGCCAACCGAAGCAAAACGCUCAACUUCACGUUCCAGAACGGCGAUGCCGGUAGUGAAAUUCACAAGGCCGACAUCAAAAUCACCGACAUUUGCAAUCUGCUAGGAUCGGAUUGGCCUCUGCUGGCGGAGGAACUGCAGAUUUCACCGAGCGACGUAGAUCUCAUCAAGGCCGAGUACGAGAACGACGAAGCCCAACAGGCAGUGGUGAUGCUGCGCUUGUGGUUGCGUCAGGCCGGUAGGGAUGCAACUGGCAAUGUUUUGGAGCAGGCACUGAUCAAAAUCAACCGGGCGGAUAUUGUGAGCAAGUCGAUUACCAACUUGGAGCUGGUAACGGACGAACGGGAGAAGAAGUUGGCGAAGCAACAGCUCGGCUCGACUAACGGAAUUGACGAGGUGGAUCCAGUGAAAAUUAACGGAGUGGAGUGCAAUGUGAUGGACGAAUCAACCCACGAGCCAGCGGACGAAAAACAAGAGCACGAAACCGAUGAAAAAACGAGCAAGGAACCAUCCACGUCCUCGUCGGCGGCCUCCUCGCCGGACAACACUGAAGCAAUCCAGCAAAUUCGAAGGGAAAGUGCCAUCUUGGGCAUUGCUUCGGAGAAGAAGGACGGUGACCUGGCCACGCCGCCACCCAGCCCAGCCGAGUACGCAUUUCCCGCCCAACAGCAGCAGCAACAGCAACAGGAGCCACAAGUGAGCGAACAGAUCCCUGUGGAUGCCGAAGCCGUAGUCGAGGAUGUUCAGGAGAUCAUUCAGGCGGCGAUCGCCGAGCACGACACCACCGGUGACGAUGAAGACGAGGAAGACCUUGAAGGGGACGAGUCCCCGGAUGACUUCGAACAGCUGGAUCUGGAAACGGACAAAAGCGGCAAAGUUCGGACGAUCAAGAAACACUCGAAGAUCAACGUCAAGAUCAACCCACAGUUGGCCCACAGGCCAAAUGUGGAGGAUAUUGAGUGGGAAGUGACGCCCGCUAUGGCGGGUGAUGAUCAAGGAGUUGAACAGACGGAAGUUGUGACAAAAGAGAUCUCAUCGGUCAACUUGGAAGAUGUUUCAAACGAUCGAAGAUACAGUUUAGACAGGAUGGAUCCUUCGCCUGGUUCACUCCGGGUAGAUGCCGGACGAAUGUUCGAAAAGUCCUUCUCGACUCCGGGCGAAGGCGAACAGAAAACCGAACAGAUUGUGAUUAUUUCCUCGGACAACAAUAUAUCCGAGGUCGCAGCAGACUACUCCGGAGAUAUAGAUGAGUUUAUCUUUGUGCAGACGUCGCCGGAGAACUAUGCCAAGAUGGAGAAAGAUCAGAACGCCACCGACGAAGACGACAACAGCAAUCUGGUGAUCAUCACCGAGGAGCACUACGACUACGAAAUGGAGGACGACGACCGGCGAUCGAGCGUGAUCGACCAAUCGCCGCAGGAUGACGAUGAUGAUUCCCCGCAAAAGUUCAUCGUCGGCGGAAGUAGUUCGGAAAGCGACGAAGAUCGUCUCGGGAAAGAUCUGGCACCCGAUCAACCGGUCGGUUCCAAUUGUCCCACUCCGUCCAUUACGGUUACGCAACCGGGAGCGACCAGCGCUACCGGUGUGGCUAGCUAUUCCAGCCGAACGGGUGGUUCGUCCAGCGGAUCUGAUGUAGCCCUGCAUGAAACUGGCGGCGAGCUGAGCGAUGACGACGAAACAGGUAAAGUCAUCUCUGCCCAGCAAAAGUGCGAUAAAGCCGCCGUUGACACCGCAGCAGUUAUUUCCGAAAGUGUGGUUUCAGUAGAUAACAGUUGUAUUACCCAAACUCAAGCCGGAGAUUCAGAAAUCAAACCGCAAGAAACUCAAGCGACCAUGGUCUCCGACGUCGAAGGUACUGACGACGGUGCGGAACCACUCUCGGAACCAAAAUUGGCCCUAUCUACUUCCGGUGGCGAUGGUGACGAUUCGCAAGGUCUGAUCGACCUUGAAGCUGUCAAUUGUGAAACACUGUUGGAUGACGACCACCAGGCACCUUUCUGUUCCGAAAUGGACAUUUUAGUACCGAUCAAAAUCACCGAUACCACCGGCACUUCUACUAACGACCCUAAUUUCUGCGACCUGACUGCUGACGGUGAUGGGAUCAGUUCCGAGCAAGUGGUGACGGUCAUUCAGAAUAACUCGGCAAACGAGAGCAACUCCACUGAUGAUAAGAACUACCUAGUGCAAAACACGGACCAGGUAACAUGUGUGGAACCAAGUGAACCACCGGCGGCGGAAGACGGACGGUUGCCGAGUGCAGCGGACUGCCGAACGGAAACGGAAAGCAACACCAUCGUGGACGAAACGGAAGAUGGCACCGUGCGGACGACGGUGAUCACCACGACCACCACCACCAUCAAUGCCACCUCGGACGACCUGCCGGAGGAUCUGCAGAGGCAAUUGCUAGAGCAAAUGCAACUCGCCGCAGCCAACUCCUCCGACAGCAACAACGGAUCGAACACCGUGGUGACGACGGUGACCACCACCAGCAGCGAAGACGCCGACGAACCCGGUUCGCCGAACCAUUCGACAACGACGACAACCACCAAGACGACGACCAACACGAUCACCCUCACCUCGACGGAUGUCGACUUCCCGGAGGACGAACUGCUGCAGAAGAUCACCACCACGACGCAGCUGCUGCAGCAGUCCAACACGCCGGAAGUGGUCAAGGAAACGCGAACCGUCACCGUGACGGAGGUGGUCGAUGGUAAACCGGACGCCAAACCCUCGAUCAACACGAUCGUCGACGAGUUCAUGAACGAGGAGCGUCGGAAUUAAGGCGAAGGCGGAGAGUUUGGGGUAAGUCUUGUAUAGAUUUAGGGUGCGUUUGAGGACGUUUCGAGCGUCACCAGCUCUGUAAAAAGUUUCUGAUAAGUGAAGCGUAAAAAAUAUUGUUUCGAUAGUUUAUUGUGGCCAAAAACCGUUGCGCAGAAAGGUCGAGGUCGAGAUCAGACGAUCGACGACGAUCAGCAAUCGAUCGUAUUUGUUUUAACUCUUAUGCUAGGUUAUUCCGUUGAAGGUUUCAUAACUUUUAAUUGUGUAUUUAGCGUGUUUUAAUUGUGCGUUGGAAUGUGCUUUUUCUGACAUCAGAUCUACUAAGUUUGUUAGUAGAAGUAUUAGCUAAGUCUCAGUGAUGAUCGUCGGUCACCGUAGUGCGGGACAAAUUGUACAUGAAAGGUGAAUAAAUUGAAAAUUUUAAACUCGAAGUGGAAGAAAUGUGAUGAAACUCUGCGUUAUGUUUUCGAUUUUUGAUGUGGAAAGUGGCAAGUUGAUUCAAGUUAUAAAGCAUACACACUGGAAUCAUGGUAUAAGUUCAUGAAAACAUAAGUAAACUGCAUGAAUCCUGUAUCUGUCAUUCGUAAUACCAAUUUCUAAUGGUUAACAGUGGUAAACUAGGCUAUUACCUACAAAUAAAAAUGCUUAUCAGUUUUGACUA